CACCUGGCCGUGCUCCUCACCUGGCGGUCGGGAACACAACAGCCUGCCCGCACGCGUGGACACCAGGUCCUGGGAGCUCCUGGUUGGCACGUGCCAUCUCUGGGAUGUCCGUGGGGCUAAUUGGAAGCCGGAGGUAAACCAACCACUGAGGUCAUCACCCCUACCAUGUCCCAGGUGAUGUCCGGGCCCCUGCUGGCAGGAGGCCACACGGUCAGCUUGGCUCCCUGUGAAGAACCCAGGAGGGCCCUGCACCCAGCACCCAGCCCCAGCCUGCUGCCCCAGUGUUCUUACUACACCAUGGAAGGCUGGGGAGCCCAGGCCCUCAUGACUCCCGUAUCCUGCAAGGGCCCCCCCAACAGGCUCCAGCAGGCCACACAGGCUGAGGCCAAAGCCAACUGCCUCCUGCAGUCCCCUGGGGAGCAGGCCUCGGGGACCCUGGAGGACCUUGACUCCUACAUUGACUUCUCCCUGGAGAGCCUCAACCAGAUGAUCCUGGAACUGGACCCUACCUUCCAGCUGCUUCCCCCGGGAGCUGAUGGCCCCCAGGCCAAAUCUGCCCAGAGCACCACCUCAAGGAGAAAGAAAGAGGAACCUGAAGCCUUGGAUAUAAAGUACAUCGAGGUGACCUCCACCAGAUCAAGGUGCCACGAUGGCCCCCAGCGCUGCUCCAGCCCAUCUGUCACCCCGCCCUUCGGCUCUCCACGCAGUGGUGGCCUCCUUUCCAGAGACGUCCCCCGAGAGACCCGAAGCAGCAGCGAGAGCCUCAUCUUCUCUGGGAGCCAGGGCAGGGGACACCAGCGUCCCCCUCCCGCUUCCGGGGGCUCCUCCCCUCACCCUCCACUCUCCCCCAGCAUCUCUAUCCCUUGCGUGGGGAGCAAGGCCUCGAGCCCCCAGGGCUUGAGCUCCCCACUGGUGUCUUCUCCAGGCCUGGAGAAGAGGCUGGGGGGCCUGGCCCCACAGCGCGGCAGCAGGGUCUCUGUGCUGUCGGCCAGCCCAGCGUCUGACGUCAGCUACGUGUUUGGAAGCAGCCAGUCCCUCCUACACUCCAGCAUCUCUAGCCAUCGGUCAUCUUCUAGAUCCUUGGAAAGUCCAGCUGGCUCUUCCUCCAGCCUCCACAGCCUUGGCUCCAUGUCCCUGUGUACGAGACCCAGUGACUUCCAGGCUCCCAGCAACCCCACCCAGAGCAUUGGCCAUCCCAGAGCACCCCACUCCUCACCACUGGCCAAAGAACAUGCCAACAGCUGCCCCCCAUCCAUCACCAACUCCAUGGUGGACAUACCCAUCGUGCUGAUCAAUGGCUGCCCAGAACCAGGGUCUCCGCCACCCCAGCGGACCCUAGGACACCAGGGCUCUGUCCAACCUGGAGCUGCUUCUGCCAGCAACCCCUGUCCAGCCACCAGGAGUCACAACCAGACCCUGCCAGAUGCCCCCACCACCACCUGCCCAGACGGUCCCACCAGGGACAUGCAGCCCACCAUGAAGUUCGUGAUGGACACAUCUAAAUACUGGUUUAAGCCAAGCAUCACCCGAGAGCAAGCAAUCGAGCUGCUGAGGAAGGAGGAGCCAGGGGCUUUUGUCAUAAGGGACAGUUCUUCAUACCGAGGCUCCUUCGGCCUAGCCUUGAAGGUGCAGGAGGCCCCAGCAUCCGCCCAGAACCAACCAGGCGAGGACAGCAGUGACCUUAUCCGACACUUCCUCAUUGAGUCUUCUGCCAAAGGGGUGCAUCUCAAAGGAGCAGAUGAAGAGCCCUACUUUGGGAGCCUCUCUGCCUUCGUGUACCAGCAUUCCAUCAUGGCCCUGGCCCUGCCCUGCAAACUCGCCAUCCCUCAGAAAGAGCUGGGAGGUGCAGACGGGGCCUCGGACCCCUCUACAGACAGCCCAGCCUCCUGCCUGAAGAAAUCUGCUGGCUGCCACUCCCUGUACCUGAGCUCCGUGCGCGUAGAGACCCUGACCGGCGCCCUGGCCGUGCAGAAGGCCAUCUCCACCACCUUCGAGAGGGACGUCCUCCCCACACCCACUGUGGUCCACUUCAAAGUCACGGAGCAGGGCAUCACCCUGACCGAUGUCCAGAGGAAAGUGUUUUUCCGGCGCCAUUACCCCCUCACCACCCUCCGCUUCUGUGCCAUGGACCCUGAACAACGGAAGUGGCAGAAGUACUGCAAGCCCUCCCGGAUCUUUGGGUUCGUGGCCAAGAGCCAGACGGAGCCCCAGGAGAACGUGUGCCACCUCUUCGCGGAAUACGACACAGUCCAGCCAGCCUCACAGGUCAUCAGCCUGGUGGCUGCGCUGCUGCAGGACGCAGAAAGGAUGUAGGGGAGGGAGCUGCCUGUGCCCCUUCCUGGACAUCUCCAGGCGUGCCUAGAGCCCGCCUCCACCCACUGAACGAGUGUGGCCUGUGGCCACAUGGACAGACCAGUCUGUUGGACUGGAAGUGAACAGUAUCAAGUUGAAACCCUUGAACCUGCUGUGACCUUCAGCAGUAACCUUCAUCCAGACCCCCCUGGGCCUCAGUUUGCCCAACCAUGAAAGGAGCCCAAGAGACAAGGUCAGCUGUUCUCAGACUUUGGUGGGCAUUUGAACAUGCCCCUCCUUGAUUCUGAAGGAUACCCACAUUCAACAUUCAAGGACGCCUGCCUGAAAAUAACCUCCGAGGACCCUCUGGCCCCAUCAGUGUGCCUGGAUACUACCGACACAACAGUCUGACCGGGAGACCUGGGGCCCUGGCAGACAGCAGGUGCUGGGUCGGGACCCACAGGGUUCCGGGCCUGAGGCAGGCGAUGGUUAAAGAUUGAGGCCAGAGCAAGGGAUGGACAGACUCUAUUUCCCUCUGUAUCUGUUCCUCUCCCCACUUUCCUAAUGCCUUUUUGGGUGCACCUGCCCAGGAUUCUGCAGGCCAACAUGGCUGUGGUUGCUGGGGCAGCUCAGCAAGGGGUGAUCUUGCCUCCAUGGUCAGAGAAGACCCAGCUGUCCUUGCACUCUUGAUGUCUAGUCCCCUGCCCCACUUGCAAAUGAAUAUCCCCAUCUUUUCUUUCAAUUUCUUGGUAAGCACGUGUACCAUAGCUGAUGUCACAGCUGCCCUAGUGUUGCACAUCUGGGGCUUGGGGGCAGAGACCCCAGUUCUCUAGGGCAGAUAUGAGGGCCAUCUCUCUGUGGUUCUGCCUCAGCUUCAGUCUUACUGAGUCCCCCCGCCCCCCGCCCUCACCACCCCAACACACAACACACGCACGCGCACACACACACUCAUGGAUUCACACACACAGUCCCCACCACCGCUGUGUGGUGUCAAAUGUCCUCACAGCCACACGGGGGCAGCAGAGAGUCAAGAAUGCAAAGCCACUGCCUCCUUCCUUCCCCGACAGGCUGGGGAAGCUGGCGCUUCCCCCCACGCCCACCCCCACCGGCCCCGAGAAGCUGGAACCAUGUGUCUAGCAAGCCCUGGCUUCCUGAGGAAACCACUCCAUGGGGGUGGAAAGGGAGGCUCAGGGAAAAAGCCCCCUCUUGCUCUAUGCCUGCGCCCUCCCAGCGGCUAGCCCUGCCACAGCAGCGUUAUCUUUGGCCAAGGUUGGGCCUGACGGGUUAUGAUUUCAACCCAGGAAACCAAACUGGACUGGAGCGGCCCUGGGCUGGUGGGAGAGGCUAAGGCCAGCCCACCCAGCCUGCGGUUGGGCACUGCCCCACCCCCGAAGUCUGCAGAACUGUUAGAUGAGGUUCUCAAGGUCACAGUGCCCAAUCCUAGCCUGGGGACUCCCAGGUGUGUAGCUCCCAUCACAAAAAAUAAAGCAUCUGUCUUUGCACAA